AUGAACCACUACACUAUAUUGGGACUAUCUGAGCCUCCUCACGUGCCUGAGCUGACUUCAGCGGAUCUCAAAACUGCAUACAAACAGGCAUUGCUGAAAAACCACCCCGACAAGCUCCAGGAGAGAGAGGCAUAUACUGGAUCUGUUCAGAUCACAGCCAUCACGACAGCCUACGCAUGUUUGAGCAACUCCAAGCUAAAAAAGGAGUAUGAUUUGAGUCUGAAGAAUGGCGCAAAUGGCGUUAAAAGCGGCCCUGGUAGUGACGUGUUUGAUUUGACAGAAUUGGAGGAGAGGGAAGACGCAGAUGGCAUGUUUUCAUGGUACAAGCCAUGUCGAUGUGGAGAGGCAGGAGGCUACGUUUUGACCGAAGAACAUUUGGAGAAUAACGAAAAGUACUACGAGGGUGUCGAUGUCCAGUUUCACGAGAUUGUCGUGCAAUGUGGAACCUGCAGUUUGUGGAUCACUGUGCAGUACGGUGUUGAGGAGGAGUAA